AGAAUUUACGUCAGUCUACGAAACGAACGUCCACGAGAAUGGUGUGUGUCGCUCUUGCGCACUAGUGGUGCUUAGUGAGUGAGUGAUCGGUUCAACCCCCCUCUUGUUUUUGGGGGCCGUGAAAUAUUAUAUUAUUCAUAUCAGUGGAUUUACGAUGAGAAAGUGAGUGUCCUACGCCGGGUUUUACGCACGGACUGAUGGAUGUGUGAAUUUAAUUUGGGAUCUUUGCUAUGUUAAGUGCAGCUGGCGAAGAUGCUGAAACACGUCGCCUACCGUUCGACCUCAUCCUUGGGCAGGGCGUCGACCGACAUGACCUGCCGGAGUUCGAGUAUGAGCCCGGAUACCAUGAGCCUCAAGGGCGACCUGCCCUCGCCGGAUCUCUCCCUCAAACGCCCCUCCGUCAUAUCCCAGGACGCCAUGUCUCUGAAUAACGACCCCAUGGCGGACAACAUCUCUCUCAAGGGGGACAUGUCUCUCAAGAACUUCUCCCACGACACAGUCAGCCUCCACUCCACCAUCAGCUUCACGUCGCUGGCUACUGGGAGGUUGUCCUCCAGGUGCUCCUCCACGGCUUCCCUCAACGAACAGCAAACGACGCCCGUGAAGGUCUACCUCCGAUCCCUGAGACCCGACUUCGAGUACAAGACGAUGAAGCUAUCGACGGCCACCACCUGUAGACAGCUCAUCGUCAUGCUGCUGACGAAGUUCCGUCUCAAACACCGCGACCCCAACCUCUUCUUCGUGACGAUGGAAGUCACCGUCAGGGCGUCCGGGGGCGGCGCCCCCACCAGGCGGCUCUUGGUCCUGGACGACCAGGCCAGGCCCGCCGAACUGCAGCAGUGUCGGCCCAGGGGAGACGCCCGGUUCAGUAUCGGGGUCCGAAGGGGGGGUCUCCUCAGGAUACACGACUCCAUACUUAUGUCCGGGUCCCAGUACAAGUCACUCUUGGUCUCGUAUCGCACGACGGCCGAGGAGUUGGUGCAGCUCCUCCUGAACUGUUACGGCAACAAGGAGAACCCCAUGCACUACUCCGUUCACGAAGUCAACAAGAAUCCUUACACGGACCGGCCCCUACGUCCGGAUGAGUGUCCGCUGAGCGUGCAGAGCGAGUGGCCCAGAGCCACCCGCCAGAAUUAUGCCUUCGUCCUGCGUCGGAAUGUGUCCUACGCCCUCAGUCUCAAGUCGAGGGUCUCCUGGCGACGAAGUCUCGACCAGUCGAGCACCGACACCGAGUCUGAACACGAGGACCACAACACAACCAUCACUAGUCUGCUGUCGAGCUCGAGCGUGUCUUCGGCCUUGAGCAUAUCGUCUGAAGGCAGCUUGUCCUCCAACGGGUCGUCGUCCUCUUCGGGAGUUUCGUCGACCUGUUCCUCGGCGCUGGCCUCCCCAGUGGCCUCGCCCAUCAAAAAGCCCUCCCAAGUGAGCCCUAUUGCUUCGGAGGUCCCUUCCUCGAGAACGGCAUUAACCUCCAAGCCCCCAGCACCGCCGCCGGCGUCCGCCAUCUCCCACAGCAAACUUAUCUCCUCAAGUCAUUCAACCCCGACCUCUGCCCCUACCCCAGUGCCAAGAACAAUACUUAACACAUCGACGCCGAGCGGCUCGGUGAGUGCCAAGCCUGUAGCGGCACUCGUGAGUACUGAGAGCCAUACUGUCCCUUCUUCCCCUCCAGGGGUAUCAUCUUCAUCAAGUUGCAACGGCGCCGCCAUAACGACCGUCACGACUUCUACCCCUAAAUCCUCCUCCAUCUCCUCCUCCUCCUCCUCCUCCUCGUGUUCCCUUCUGAGUGCCAAGGCUUCCUCUUCCACUUCUUCAUCUCCAGCCACAACGAAUUCUGUGUCACCGAGAGAGGCUCAAGUGCCGCCCGUGGCUGAUGGCACUGUUGGCGCUGCCCUUCCUACGUCUACUCCUCCUCCUCCUCCUCCUCCCUCUCCUCCCCCUCCGCCAGUACCGAUGAGGAGGACCUCUUGUUGCCCGAACUACGAAAAUUGCUUCUACAUCUGAGUUUGAUCUUCGCAGACUGAUGCAUGAUACCAAAGAUUAGGUCAAACCUCGGAGUAGCAGUCAUAUUCCUACAAUCGCGUAUACAAUACCAGUGAGUGGCAAACGUUAACGUGUAAGAAAGAAGAGAGUAUAAUACUUACAAAAAGAUAUAUAUGGAUUAUGUAGGCGUAGAGAAUAGUAUAUACACAUCUGAUACUCAUUUACCUAUAACUCGUAGAAAGCGGCGGCCUUCAUUUAGAGAAUGCAUCUAGUAUAAAGGAAAAGUUUCAGAUCAUUCUUUGGUGCUCUUAGUCGGCUUGUGAUUGUGAAUGAAGAGAGGUAGAGAGAGAGAGAGAGGAAAAAAGUUGCGUUGCGUCAAAAAUAUGAGAGAGGAGAUAGAAAAUUGAACGCGAUGGGAAAGGUCAUUGCUGAGGUCACAACGGGGCCAGGCACUUGAGGGCACCCGACGAACAAUAUGUGACCCUGAACUUGGAGGAAGAAGAAGAAGAAGAAGAAGAAAGAGGAAGGUGGAACUGUUCUCCAGCGGCUAUGCUUCCCACCGAGUUCGACUCGAGUGGCGUUACCGUGUUGGAAAGAAAGGCGCGCACGCACCCUUGGCGCCACCGUGCCCUUCCGCCUAGGAUAUAUACCCCCUGAGGGCGAAGGAAGAGAAGAUGGAUAUAAAUAGCCCCCUGAGGUCAAUGGCUUUGAAGGUUUUGUGUGCUGUCGUGAGGCCUCGACCUGAUGAUACUCGAGCCUGUUUUCGUCCUCCGAGUGGGACAUGGGAGAUGAUGAUGAUGCCCCGAGAUGCUGCUGCUUCAAGAUGAAGAUGGUGAAAGGAAGACUUUAUCUUAUAUAAAUACGAUAGAGUUUCCGUCUCUUUGUGCUUUUUUUUUUGUUGGUGUCAACGUCUCUGUCUCUUUAGCAACUUGACCUCUCUCUCUCUCUCUCUCUCUCUCUCUCUCUCUCUCUCUCUCUCUUUCUUUCUCUCUCUCU